GUCGUCCAAUCAAAUUCUAUGUUAGUUCUUCAUCGUCUCACAGUUUUCAAGAUGGCCGACGAACAGAGAGCGCUUGGUCAAUUAGUAAACAUUAAUAUUCGCAAUGGACUACAGUUUUUCAAUAGGAUUGAUGACUUGACAGUCUCAAAUGUUGGAUUAGCUGCACGUGAAGGUGACGAGGAAACACUAAAACAGCUUCUUGCUUGUGGAUCUCCCUGUGAUGUAUCUGACAACCGUGGCUGGUUCCCUCUUCACGAGGCAGCUGCCGCUGGACAAACUGGUUGUCUAAGAAGCUUGUUAGAACACAAAAGUGAGGACAUCAUUAAUUCAAAAGCUUACAGUGGCGAAACUGCUCUUUUCUUGGCAGCUGUGAGUGGUCAUGCUGAGUGUGUGAAAGCGCUCAUGGACUUUGGAGCUGAUGUGAAUAUAAUGAAUGACGAGGAAGUGAGCUUGCUUGUAGCUGCUGUCAAAGGAGGCAAUUUAGAAUGUUUUCAGAUUUUCUUGACAUCCUGUGGUUUGGAUGUAAACAGUCAGGAUGUAGGUGGCUGGAGUGCAUUACAUGAAGCAGCAUAUGCUGGCCGUGAAGACUUGAUAGAACUACUUCUUUCCUCUGGUGCAAAUAUAAACAUACAGAACACUGAUGGGGCCACACCUAUAUUUACUGCUACACAAUAUGGAAAAGACUAUUGCUUGAAAUUAUUGUUGAAAAACGGAGCCGAUAUAAACUUAUUGACUGUGGACAAUGCCUCACCUUUGUUCAUUGCUGCCCAGGAGGGCUUGACAAGUUGUAUUAAUAUUCUUUUGGGUGCUAGGGCAGACCCGGAAGCACGCGUCAUCGAUGGGGCAACACCACUGCACGCUGCCGCAGAACGCGGGCACUACGAGAGUAUUGAGAUUCUUUUAGACGCCGGAGCUAACGCACGCGCAGAGACCAACCCCGAAAAAAUCACUCCACUGCACCUGAGCGCCCAGGAAGGUCACUACAGAUGCAUGGAGCUGCUUCUAUCUGAAGGUGUUGAGGUGGAUGCCGCAACAAUGAGUGGAAACAUGACCCCGAUAUGCCUAGCUUCCCAAGGACACGCAGAGUGCACCAAGCUACUGUUAGACUGGGGGGCAAAUCCCAACCACGUAUAUGAAGAUGUGGACGUGCUACCCAAGACACCGCUGAUGGUUGCGGUGGAAGGCGACAGCGUUGAUUGCGUGAAGAUCUUGACGGAGGGCGGAGCGGAUGUGAACGGAGCCACGUACACGUCGCCGUUGAUUCUCGCCGCGCAGAAUUCGUCGUGCGACUGCAGCAAGAUCCUGCUGGACUUUGGCGCUGAUCCGAACUUCACAGACCGAGGAAAAAACACAGCGCUUAGCAUAGCUGUGACGAGAUUCUCUUACGGACACAGUUACAAUUCGUUCGAAACGCAAUUAGAACACAUCAAACUUCUACUCAAGCGCGGAGCAAACGUCGAUCAGCUUCACGAAGGAGUUUGCGUAGUGUUUAGAGACCCUUUUGCUAUGCCAGCACUGAGACCAGAGCUACUUAAAUUGUUGUUAGAGUUCGAGGGGAACAGGCCCAGCACGCGCGAGUUAUGCCGCGCGAAUUCGCGCGCGUUGCGUCCCGGCUGGAGUAAACUAGUGCGGUUGACAAGCUCGCCGCGGUCAUUGCAACAUUUUUGCCGCCUCGUAAUCAGAAAGAGAGUUGACAGCAAUAGGGUACAAAGACUCCCUGAACUGCCUGUUCCGCCAUCUUUGAUACAGUACUUGAUGUAUUCCGACUUGUAAUAGCGACUGAAGUGCUAAUCGUGUGAGUGUUUGUGGAAGCUUUAAACUGUAUUUGGAGUUGAAAUGACGAGCUUCCUUAAAAACAGGAAAAAAAAAACGAUCGUAGUGUGAUUUUUGAAUUAUUUUAACAA